UUUAAAUUUUUGUGUUUUAUACCCUGAAAUUUGAUAAGGUUGUGGCUGAUUUGGUGGUUUGGUUGAGAUGUGGAUUUGCGGUUAGUCUGGAAAUUUCAAGGUUGUAUGCUUUUUAGGGAGUUUACAGUUUCCAGUACAAUUUAAGAUUGUAACUUGUGGUUCAAUAUUGAUUAACUGGGCUGUUUGAUCUUCUAACUUUUAGCUCAACAAGUUAUUGAGAAGUGAGUUGAGAAUUUUCUGGUAAUUUUCUGCUCAGGUACCCAACAAAUAAUCUGAAGAAACAACGCAAAAGGAAGACGGAUAAUUGAAGCUUUGCGUGGUAUUAUACUGGGUCUGUUCCUGGCAUUGAACAUUUGUUUGCUUGAGAAUAGUACGAAGCUCCUGAAGUUCGAACUUGUUCUAUGCGAAAAGGAGUGUUUGAAAGGGUAUACUUGAGGUCCAGUUAUUUAUCCGGUGGUGGAUUAUGUUUUGGGGAGAAAAUGGCUGCAGGGACUGAUUACCUGCAGGCACUUUCCAUGUUGGAUGGCAGUUAUAGAAAGGAGAACGUUACUGUUACAAGAGACGGGAAAUCAAGUACUUUUGAGAACUUGAAGCAACCGAACAUUGGCAGACCUCCUCGUCACCUCUCAGCUAUUAGGUGUUGCGUAAGCUCUGCCCAGUUGUCUCCUGCAGCUGAAGUGGUGAGAUUGACUUCUAUCUGCUAUAACAAUUGCAGCUUUUUUUAUCGUUCAUUUCAUAUUAAAUGGGCAUGAAAUUUGAUGUUGCCUAUUCACUCCUUGCUUAGGAGUUGGAUGUUGGGAUUGUUAGCUCAAAGUCUCCAUCAGAUAGUAACUCAGCUUUUGUACCCGUUUUUCGCUCUGGAAGCUGCUCGGAGAUUGGACCGAAGCCAUAUAUGGAGGAUGAGUAUGUUUGUAUAGACAAUAUUCUUGAUCAUCUACGUGCAACUGCGAACUUCACUUCUCCUGGAGCAUUCUAUGUGAUUUCUUUUUUUUUUUUUUUUUGGGUUGUUGGAAACAAAUUUUUGAACAAUUGCUAAUGUGUAAUUUUGGUUAAUGUAACGUUUGAAUUCUAUUGUGAUCCUUCUAUGUUAUGAGCUAUCUUAUUAUGCGAAGUCCACAGGUAAAAUUUCAUCUUUUCCAACCACACUUCUUUCUGUUGUCAUCCAAUGUGCUUUUAUCCAGGAAUACUUUCAUGGCUGUACAACUCCUGGAAUCAAUAUAGAGGCUUGUAACAUGGUAAUAAACGUUUUAGUUGGAGGCAGUGGGUCACUUUUUAAACGCUUCCAUUGUGCAAUAGAUGUCUGGCUAUAACAUAUAAGUCAUAUCCAGGUAAACUUGACAAGUUAUUCUGUAAGAAGAAUGUAUUGAAGGCUUGUAGGAUUUGACCAGAGUUUUCUUCCUGUUGUGUCUUUACAAGUGGCAUCAUUGUGAUUUACAUAUGAUUUCUCCUUUUCAGGACGAUGCUAAUUGCAAAUGCUGGAGAUUGCCGAGCUGUUCUGGGAAGAAGAGUUCGGGCAAUUGAGCUUUCCAAAGACCAUAAACCCAAUUGUGCCUCCGAAAGAGUGAGAAUCGAGAAACUGGGAGGCGUGGUGUUUGAUGGCCACCUCAACGGUCAAUUAUCUGUGGCACGAGCUCUUGGGGACUGGCACGUGAAAGACAUGAAAGGCUCCAAAGGUUCCUUGUGUCCCUUGAGUGCAGAGCCAGAGCUCGAGGAGAUAAUUCUGAGUGAGGAAGACGAAUUCUUAAUCCUAGGCUGUGACGGGCUGUGGGAUGUGAUGAGCAGCCAGUGUGCAGUCACAAUGGCAAGGAAAGAACUAAUGAUCCACAAUGAUCCCGAGAGAUGCUCAAGAGAGCUGGUUCGGGAGGCACUCAAGCGCAAUUCGUGUAAUAACCUGACGGUGGUUGUGGUAUGCUUCUCGGCAGAUCCACCCCCAUUGCUUGAGAUCCCAAAGUUAAAAUUCAAGAGGAGUAUAUCGGCGCAAGGCCUGAAUCUUCUGCAGGAGGUACUAGAUAGUAAAUCAUGA